CGGCCUGCUUCAUACUGGCCGGCGUCUCGUCGGUGGCGCGUCAGGGAUAGAGCGGAGAGUAACAGUGCUGCAGUUUGGUCUCGGCAGAUCGGCUUCACCACGGCAGCUAUGGGUCACGCCUACUACGAGUUCCAGCAUGUCGAGCUCGCCAACGUCGGCAGCGGAAAGAAGAGGGUGAGGCAGCCGCCGGGCGGCGCCGCGAGCAACAUCUUUGGGCCGCCCGAGGAGGAGACCACGCCCAGCCGCCCCGGCCGCGCCAGCAAGAUGGCUUCCAGCAUCCCGUUCGGCGACACGGUGGACUCGCCGCCCUCUAGCAACGGCUCCAGCCCGCCGCCCACGCCGGUCAAGACAGCUUCUCCGAACCCGGUCACUGGCCAGGGUUACGAGCCGGGCGAGGACAAGAAGACCACGCCGCUACCGUCCCAGCCGCGCCGGCGCGUGCCCCCCGGGGGCUUCUCGAGCCCGCUCUGGUGAGCGGCGACCCGACCGCCCCUGGUGGCCGAGCCCGGAAGCUCGGCUGCGGCCGCCGCGGCACACUCUCGACAGCCGGAACGAUACGGCGCGAGGCUUGAGGAGCCUCUCACGUCAGCUAAAUCGUGUCAAUGCGUUUACUACAUAAUCCACAUCGCACUCCUGCUAUGACGACAGGGUGGUUUGGUAUUGUAGCGAUAAAUUCGCGAUAGUGAUAAGUCGAACCGCCGAAAUCUUCUUCGUGAAGAUUUCACGGCAGGUUCCAAAUAUCUGCACCGUCAUGUGAGUGGUGUGCGUGUUGCUAUCAUCAUUAUGAUGUAAUUCCCACCGUUUGGUCUCGUGGUAAUUGACUUCAUCCUGGUGGAAAUCGGAGGUGUUUGUAUCGAGUGUUUUAUUAACUCUCCGUUCUUUUGUAUAAAUACAUGAUUUUAUACAAGA